AUGCGGCUACUAUCUAUCAUCCAAGCUACAUUCGUCUACCCUGGUUUCCUAAGGCUCUGCCUAGGGCAUAAUCACUUCUACCCGCGAGCAGACCACGAGCAGACACUCAUUAGCGAACCAACAGCUACCAAUGGCAUCCCCUUCAGCACGAGGGUCUACUGGAUGCGCCAAGCCAACCUCGCUCUCGGCCACCCUUGUCCCAAAGCUCCGUUCGGAACCGUGAUUGUGAACCACACGGCUAAUUCGGGACUCGGGGAGCUCGUCUGCACAGGCGCCAACAGUAGGAGCGCAACUGGAAACCCAACGCUUCAUGGAGAAAUUGCAGCUAUCAACAACUGCACCCAAAUCCUAACAGACCCCUCGGGGCCAUACAAACUAUCACCCAAAGAGGCACUCGCCGCCUUCGCAGACUUAUCGCUAUACACCAACGCCGAGAGCUGCCCGAUGUGCGCGUCUGCGGUGCGGUUCGCUGGGUUCAAGGAGUACGUGUACGGCACGUCGAUCGACACGCUUGUGGAGCGUGGUUGGGACCAGAUCCAGAUCCCGUCCGCGGAGGUGUUCCGGCGAUCGUCGGGGCUACCGAGUUCAAGUACUCUGAUUGCUGAUGUCCUGACGAACGAGACGGAUCCGCUGUUCGCGUGGCAGAAUGACCCUCAGUAUCCGUGCCCCCGGGGAUGCUCGCGGGUGGGAGGACGUUGUGAGGCGGACGCCGCGAAGCAGAGUGCUAUAGUGGUUAGAUUUCAUCGUGGUUCUAUAUUGGCUGUGGUAGGGGGGUCUGGGUAUUUGGCGUAA